GUUCAUUUCCAGCCCACUACACCUGUCGAAGGUCGACCACGCUUCCGUCUUCCAGAUCUCGGCAAUCUCCAUCCCCGCUACGCCAUGGCUGCUGCCUCCUCCCCAACCUUCCCGCCGCCGGCGACCGACGUCGCCGCUCCAGGCGUCCCCGAUCUCUCGAUCCCCUACGACCUGGCCACCCGCGGGCAGUGGCAGGCGCUCUUCUCCCACCUCUCCCAUCCGGCCCACACGCCCCAUCCGCACCACCGCCUCCUCCUCUCCGCUCUCUCCGCCCUCUGCCUGGCCAAGCUCCGACGCUUCCCCGACGCCGCUGCGCUUCUAGCUUCCCUCCACCCGGAUCCGGCCUGCCCGCCGCCACCCUUCCUCAUCCGCCUCCUCCAUGCUCUCCUCCCACUCUUCCUCCCCGACCGCCCCCUCGCGCUCGACCGCCUCUACACGCUCCUCUCCUCCGUCCGCGCACGCCCCAACGCCGGGCACCCCGAGUGGCGCCGCCGCGACGCGCUCGUCGCGUCCGUCCUCGCCGCCGACCACCUCGCCCACCGCGAGUUCGACGUCGCACUCGCGCUCCUCGCCGACAUCGCCGGCCGCUACCCGGGCGACCCGGUGCUCCUCUCGCGCCUCGCCUACGCGCACCUCCAGAUCGGCAACCUCGGCGCGGCCUCGGCUGCCUUCCGCCACGUGGAGUCCGUGGCCGCCGCGUCCGAGGACCCGACGCGGCAUGCCAACCUCCUGGCCCGCAACCGCGCGCUGGAGUGCAUCGUGGGCAAGGACUACGCGGCGGCGGUGCGGGAGUACGAGCGCUGCAUCGAGGCGGACCCCGCGGACGCCGUGGCCCUCAACAACAAGGCGCUGUGCCUCAUGUACUCGCGGGACCUCGGCGACGCCAUCAAGGUGCUGGAGGGUGCCCUCGAGAGGGUCCCCACGGCGGCGCUCAACGAGACGGUGGUGGUCAACCUGUGCAGCAUGUACGAGCUCGCCUUCGUCAACCACGGCGAGGUCAAGAGGAGCCUUGCUGAGUGGAUCGCCAGGGUUGCGCCCGACGACUUCGACACCUCCUGCACGCGCAUGUAGGAGGUACUCUGCCUUUUUGCAAUUCAGCAUUGUAGCCAGCCAUGUGUAUGGCUGUUAUGUCAACAUGCUGAAAUGUGAUUAUCUCUGUUUAGAUAGCAUUCCAAUUCAACCAAUUUCUGUUUAUGUGCAUGGAAAUUGUGACAUGAUUGGUAUACAUGAUUGAAAACAAGAGUGAAUUGGAGAC